AUGUCUUUCGAGACGCUUUCCGAACGCCUUGCGGCUCUACAGGAAUCAAAUAGACAAGCCAGAGAAUUGAUUGAACGUCUAGCAACCAUUAAGUUCGAACCUGGCUCUAUAGCACUGGACAGCGAUGACGAUAAUGUAUUGCUGGAGCUUUCUGCGGAGAUCGCACAGGUGUUAAAAGAACAAGAUGAGGAUUUUGAGCGACUGCAAGAAGAUGUUCUGUCCAUGCCUACAGGAGGGCCGAACAGUGAGUUGGGAAGACAGAGAAAAAUGCUUGAUGAAGCAGUGGAGAAGAACAUCAAAGAAGUCGAAUCAUGCUAUUCAGCAUUCCGCAAGGCCGAGGUGACAGCCAGAAAGACGCUCAACGCUGCGCAAGUUUGGGAGCGACAACAUCUCUUUCAGCCAAGCUUAAAUCUCUCUUCCGGUAGGUCAACCCCUAAUUCGAUGGAAAGACCUAUCGCGCGACCAAAGUCGGAACUUUCAAAGGAAGAUAAGACAGUAAAUGCUGCCAGCGACGUUACUCUUGCGCUUCGACGAACUCACGAAAUGAUGGCGGGCGAGUUAGAAAAAUCACAGUUCGCAAACGAUACAUUAAAACAGUCAACGGAGGCGUUAGCCCAGCUGAAUGAAACAUAUUCUACAUUGGAUUCUCUACUAUCGAGUUCGCGAAAUUUGCUUGGGACUUUGCUGAGGAGUCAAAAGAGUGAUACGUGGUAUCUUGAAACGGCAUUCUACGUACUUACAUGUACAAUUGCAUGGCUUGUCUUUAGGAGGUUGUUUUACGGACCACUUUGGUGGUUGGUUUAUGCACCACUGAAGUUAAUCUUCUACUCUCUAUUUAGUAUAUUUGGAAUAAUGGGUUCCAAGGGCGGCUCGGCUGUUGAAAGCAGUAUGUCCAUAUCCAGUGAGCCUGCAACUUAUUCAGUUAUCCCAACUAGGAGUGAGAGCGCUAUUCCCAAUAGCAAGAACACUCCAGCAAUCAGCGUUGAAAACGGCGAUCAACGACCGGUAGCAAGAGCGGCAUCAACAAUGGUUGAGGAGGUCGAACAUAUUAUUGAUGAAAGCCAGCGUUACCAGGCGCCUAUCAAGGAAGAGAUUAUCGGAGACUCGGUUGAACACGAAUCCCUCCAUGAUACAGAAGCCGAGCUGGAAGAGAACGUAGUGCGAACUGAGGAAUUAAAUUCAGGAAACCCAAAGAAGAGGAUGUGGGAAGAGCCAGAAGAGGCUGCGAAGGAGGCACAGCGAAGGAAGGACGAACUAUAG